AGGUGAGCACCAGCAUCGCAGUCGGCACAAGCAGCGGCGCAGCCAGUGGCAGCGACAGCGACAGCUACAGCUACAGCGACAGCGACGGAGGCAGCGGCAGCGGCAGCGGCAGAGCGCCCAUAGCAGAUACUUCAGUUUGCGUCGAUUGUGCCGAUUGAGAUUCAGAUUCAGUUCCAGAUCACAGCCCGAAUCGGAGCCGCCAGUGUGUGCCAGCCGCAACGCAACGGAACGGAACGCCAGGCAACGUCUACGUCAGCAAAAUCACGUUGCAAGUCACCAGUUGGCCGGAAGAUUGGCGAAAAUCCUAAUCCCCUGGAGCAGAACCCAGAACCCAGAACCAAGAACCCAGAACCCACUGAGAAAUGGCCAUUAAACCGGGACUCGGUCGCAAGACCAGCAACAAGAACCCGCCGAUCCUGAGCCACGAGUUCGUGAUCCAGAACCACGCGGACAUCAUCUCCUGCGUGGCCAUGGUCUUCGUGGUCGGCCUGAUGAACGAAUCGACGGCGGCGUUCGCCAGCGCGUUCAUAUCCCUGCACCACAACGUCAGCGGCGAGGAUCCCAGCCGGGAGCAGCCAUAUGGCAAGGCGUACACCUACAUUGCCGGCAUCAAGGACUACUGUGCGAUAUUCUUCUACACGCUCACCUGCAUCAUCAUGCACGCGAUCAUCCAGGAGUUCGUGCUGGACAAGAUCAGCAAAAAGCUGCACUUGUCCAAGUUCAAGCUGGCCCGCUUCAACGAGUCCGGCCAACUGGUGGCCUUCUACCUGCUGUCCUUCGUGUGGGGCGCCCACGUCCUGCUGAAGGAGGGCUACCUCGGCCAGGUGGCCCAGCUGUGGGAGGGCUUCCCCGACCACCCGAUGAGCUUCCUGCACAAGUUCUACUUCGUGGUGCAGCUGGCCUACUAUCUGCACAUGCUGCCGGAGCUCUACUUCCAGAAGAUCAAGACCAAGGAGGAGCAGCAGCCCAAGAUCGUGCACUCGAUCAGCGGCUUCACCCUCAUCGUCCUCGCCUACACGCUCAGCUUCCAGCGCCUGGCCCUCGUCCUGCUGACGCUGCACUACUUCAGCGAGCUGCUGUCGCACGUCUUCCAGCUGAUCGGCGUCUUCGAUCGCGAGGAGCGCCUGGCCAAGCUGCGCGUGGUGAACAACGCCGUCUUCUUCCUCAUCCGCUUCGCCACGUCCGUGAUCGGCGUGCUCACGCUGUACUACGGCAUCGGGGGCGUGCGCUCCCUGCUGGCCCUGGGCGGCCUGAUCGCCCUGCAGGGCUACCUGGUCUUCUCCUUCAUCACGGAGCAGCUGCGCGCCAAGCGCGAGGCCAAGAAGGAGGCCAAGCGGGAGGCCAAGCUGGCGCUGCAGACCAAGAAGCCCGUCAAGGCGCCCAAGGACAAGGUGAAGCGCAAGAAGGAGAGCGACCUGCCCGAGGCGGACCAGACCUCGCCCAGUCCCAUCAAGCAGAAGCUCAAGUGAGCUGCUCGAGCGACGAGGGGCCAGCCAGCACAGAGCAACAAAAUCUUCCGCACACUUCCAAUUCAAAACGAAUGAGAGAAUGAGAUAGAGAGAGAGCAGCACCAUGGACAGGAGCCGGGGACACUGGAGACUGGAGACUGGACACUUGGCUCCCUGUUGAUGUAAUCUCGUUGGCUCAAAACUACCACUGCAACAUUUCUGCUGCAUUUACUUGCUCGACACACAAAAGAAACUAUUUCUUAGCCUAAAUGUUUUGUUUCAUUUAAGUUUACGUCAUUUUUAAAACAAAUUUUUUUUAUUUUUAUACAUACACAAAAAAUGAAAAAAGAAACAAAUACAACAAAAGAGAAAAGCAA